AUGACUUCUCUUCCAGCUGGUAUUCAUUCAAAUCGUCUUGACGAUACACUCCAUUCACGCAAUCGGAUCAAUAUUAGUCUAACUGGUUCCAUUACUUAUAAUCUCUUUCUUGAUGAUCAAUCAUCUGUUAUUUGGUCCUAUAAUGGUAUUCAACUGUCUCCUAGACCUAUGCUUGGUAGUGUUGCGCCAAUUCAAGUUCGAUCUGGCAAUAAAAUUGCUCUUGAGGGUUCUAAUUUUGGUACAGUAAAACGAGAUGGCCAAGUUCAUUUCGGUGAUAGACUUGCUCCCAUUAUCAGUUGGUCUAAUACUCGUAUUGUAGCCACUGUUCCAUCUGAUGCUCCACCCCGCAUUACUGAUAUCACUGUUCGUACAUCUUAUUCUACCUAUAAUCCUUACUCAAUUCGUAUUCUAUCAGGUAUUCAGAUACCUGUUACAUUCACGUACAACAAUAUAUUCAUUAAUAAUCGGUAUACUGAAAAUAUCUAUCUAACAGGCAAUGUAUUUGAAUUAGGUCAAUGA